GCUCUCGAAUUUGAAGUUCACAAUUUCUCUCCUUGCAAUAUUCUGUAAUGUCUUGCAGCCAUCGUGUUCCAGCUCAUAUUCCGGUGUGUACUAUAUGAUUACUUGAACGAUAUCCCUCGCGCGAACGCUAAAGUAUCCAAACACAAGGACAUUUAUGAAGACGCUGGAGAAUGUUCUCAUCGACUCGCCUCAUGGCAGGCGGUCGUACUGCCUCGCCAAUUACGCCUCCUGCAGUUUUUAACCUCGAAUCCAUCGAUGACUUGCUACAUUUGAAUCCUGUCUGUUCUCUUGUAUCCGUAUAAUGAUACCUGUACUUUUACGCUACCUUGGCAACCUCUUACGACGACUGUGCUCUGGAAAGACGCCACAGGCAAUUUGGGCACGGGUUCUGCGCCUCUGGGUGCAUCUGAAACGAUUCGCCUUGUUACCUUUCAGAAGAAUAUGUAGUCCUGGUACCCUCCAUGGUACUGAUUCAAGAGACCUGGAGAAACCAAAGUCAUACCUGGAAAAUGACAAUGCACAUUCGGACUCGGAGGUGAUCACAAUCUGCACCAGUCAAGUUCCUCCGAGCGUAAUGCUAGAAGGCAGUAGUCCGAUACAGCUUAUGACUAGGGUGCAUAGUCGUCCGGUUUCGAUGGUACAUAGUCAACGACCCACCUCGGAACAAUUCCUUCAUCCAUACAGUUAUGCGCCACCCGUUGCCCGGCAAUCCGCCCCAGAUAUGGGUCUUCAUCGGCUUUAUUCGCCUGCGUAUUCUGUACCUUCGCGACCCUGUUCCCCAGUGUCAUCAAAGUCGGGGGAUUCCACACGGAUUGGUCCAGGCUCUCGUGGUCCUUCACGGGCAAACUCUCCUCGCCCUCUUGGUUCAAGGUUGAAUCUCGGCAUUACCGCAGCCGGUUCACAAGUGUCAUUGUCGUUAUAUAACAGGGAAACAGCACCGCCAUCUAUACACACCGAAGCCGCUACUCUGAGCGACGUUCAUGCUAUAUACCCCACACUUAUGAUAGAACGUUAUGACCGAAAUAUCAAAAUACCCCUUAAGGAUGAAAAUGAUUGUAUUAUAUUACCCCCGAAGACACUGGAGUUCAAAUUACAAAAUAUACCAGAAGGUUGGACGCCAUGUCAACAUCCCGAAGGUGCGCUAUAUUUCUUCCAUGAAACGAAGAAAAUAUAUACAGACGCAUACCUCUGUAAUCCUCAAAUCUUUGAAGAGCUCACUUCUUUCGAAGUCCAGCUCAAGGCCUAUGCAGAUGAUCAGAAUAUUGAGAUUCCGGAUGAUGCCGAGCUGGUCCUUGAAUUGCAAGAGAACGGCGAAGGAUCCAACUACUGGAUGUAUUACUAUGUUCACCAUCCAACUAGAUCGCUAUUCUGGCUCCAUGAACAUGACAUCACCUGGGCGACUUCCGAACUACUCGGAAAGCCUGACUAUUCGCACUUGCAGCACGAGAUUACCCGAUACUAUUGGAUACAUUGGGAGAACUUCCCCCAUGGCCAUAUUCUACCUCCAGAUGUGAUUGAAGAACUUAUGGGUAUUCUUCUCCACGCCGUCACUGAUCAAUUAACUUCUCCAACGUCGACUAUUUUGUAUUCUGUUGAUGACCUGGAAAGAAUGCUCAAUAUUGCCAGGAAUGCCAGAAACUUGCCUCAUUCGCCAUAUACGACAUGCACUAUAACUCGCUUACUUCAUCUCUUCAUUCAUGCCUGGUUUUUGAACUAUCAUGGGCAACACGGGGCACGUCUCAACCGUGAUCAAAGUGUUCAUGGAGUGAGCAAACAUCCACGGACAUAUCUUAUUAGAAUCCUUGCGCCGCUUCUGUUCAAUGCGCCGAUGGUCCAUCUACGCGCUCUAGAGAAGAUAUGGGUUGACCAAUGCAUGUGUCAUCAGCCCUGGGCUGUCUUUAUCGAGAAACUCAAGUCGGAGUGGGAGGAAUUCAUUCUUUACGGUACAGUGUUGCUUAACGCGAAUGUAGCAUUCUUGGCAAUACCGAGUGUCGAUGAAGGCAACGGUAUACGAACACCUUCUCAGAUUGCGAGCUACAUCUCCAUUGUAGCUAGUAUCGGCAGUAUCAUUAUAGGCCUCUUAUUAGUCCGUCAGUACCGCGUCCGGCCGAGAGACACAGUUGAGGAGGCGGCCGUUUUUCUCGCGAGACGAUCUCAUCCGACGAGGGGCGUAGAGACAUUAGCAAUUCUUUAUUCACUGCCAUAUGCGCUCCUGUUGUGGGCUAUGGUCACAUUUCUCCUCGCAUUCUCACUGGAAUGCUUCACAACGGAUGAUCGUGUCGCAAUAUGGAUUGCAGCUGCAGCGUGGACCGUGACUGGAUUCCUCAUCGUCUGGUGUAUCUACUCGGCCUGGGAAGAUAGCCAGGGACCUGCGUGGAAGCGAGUGCUUAGAGCGUUACGACGUGGUCUUACUCAAGUUCGAGAACAGAACCGAGUGAUGUUGGCCAAGCUCCUACGAACACCGGCUGUGAACCAAGUGGUUGACUGCUGUUGAUGUCGCUGACGACGAACGUCGUUGUUAUAUUUCCUUGUUGUCGUUUCUAUUGUAUUCUUUCCUAUCAUCUGUUGUAUUUCGAAAAUCGCAUCACUUAUAACCAGCAUCGCAGGCUUCAAAAUAGAAAGCUCGAAGAUUAUUGCAUCUGUUGGUAACGCUCGAUUACCAACGAGUACCGCAGUUGCUUGUAUUUGGAGACGAAGUAUAGCCUCAAGUUGAUUGAUAGAAGCAUUGAUUAUAACUGCCUCUACUGACGAGCAUUUGUUCCUGACGACGGCAUGCUUCUAACCGACAGUUAUGAGGAACCC